AGCCGGAAGAAGGUGAUGGUGGCUGACGAGGUCCAAACUUCCUUCGUUCCGUCGGUUUAUUCUCCGCCCCGCCUACCCUCCCCUGCCUCUGCGGGAGCUGAGCGCCAAACUUAAACCCUGUCAGCACCGGGACUUCUUUCAAGCUUGCACCGAGGGCCAAGGCCUGUCGGGCUUUUUCGCACACCCGUCGGGGCGGCGGUACGACAUGAGCCAAGUUCUGUUCCAGCAACUUGUUCCCUUGCAAGUGAAAUGCAAAGACUGCGAGGAGAGGAGGGGAAGUGUUAGAGUGAGCAUUGAACUUCAAUCACUUUCUAAUCCAGUUCACAGAAAGGAUUUAGUCAUCCGCCUGACUGAUGAUACAGAUCCAUUUUUUCUGUAUAACCUUGUUAUAUCUGAGGAAGAUUUUCAAAGCUUAAAGUUGCAGCAAGGUCUCCUGGUGGACUUCCUAGCUUUCCCACAGAAAUUUAUAGACCUCCUUCAGCAGUGUACACAGGAGCACGUGAAAGAGACUCCAAGGUUUCUGCUGCAGCUCAUUUCCUCCGCUGCUCUGUUGGAUAACUCACCAGUAUUUUUAAAUGUAGUUGAGACAAAUCCUUUUAAGCAUCUUAUUCACCUGUCACUAAAGCUUUUACCUGGAAAUGAUGUAGAGAUAAAGAAAUUUCUAGCAGGCUGUUUGAAAUGUAGCAAGGAAGAAAAAUUAUCAUUGACUAAAUCACUAGAUGAUGUUACCAGGCAACUGCACAUCACACAAGAGACGUUAUCAGAAAAAACACGAGAAUUGGAUAAACUGCGGAGUGACUGGGCCUCACACACAGCAUCGUUGACAAAUAAGCAUUCUCAGGAAUUAACAAAGGAGAAAGAAAAAGCCUUGCAGGCACAAGUUCAGUGCCAACAGCAGCAUGAGCAACAGAAAAAGGAUCUGGAAGCCCUCCAUCAGCAAAAUGUCCACCAGCUACAAAGCAGGUUGUCUGAGUUAGAGACGGCUAAUAAAGACCUCACCGAGAGGAAGUAUAAAGGAGACUCUACUGUCCGAGAACUGAAAGCAAAGCUUGCUGGUGUGGAAGAGGAGCUGCAGCGAACCAAGCAAGAGGUCCUUUCUCUGAGGAGAGAGAAUUGUACAUUGGAUGCUGAAUGCCACGAGAAAGAAAAGCAUAUUAACCAGCUACAAACAAAAGUGGCAGUUUUAGAACAGGAAAUCAAGGAUAAAGACCAGCUUGUUGUGCGAACAAAAGAAGCAUUCGAUACAAUCCAAGAACAAAAGGUGGCUUUAGAAGAAAAUGGUGAGAAAAAUCAGAUACAACUGGGAAAACUUGAGGCUACAAUUAAAUCGUUAUCAGCAGAACUUCUGAAGGCAAAUGAAAUUAUCAAGAAGUUACAAGGAGAUCUUAAAACUCUUAUGGGUAAAUUGAAACUGAAGAACACAGUUACCAUCCAGCAAGAAAAGCUAUUGGCUGAGAAAGAAGAAAUGCUACAGAAGGAGCAAAAGGAGCUGCAGGACGCUGGACAGUGUCUUCGAGCCAGAGAACAAGAGGUAUGCAAACUACAAGAGCAAUUAGAAACUACAGUUCAGAAACUUGAAGAAAGUAAACAACUUCUAAAAAAUAAUGAAAAAUUAAUCACGUGGCUAAACAAAGAGCUGAAUGAAAAGCAGCUGGGAAGAAAGCACGACCCCUUGGGGACCUCUCCCACUCCACCUGUGCUUUCCAGUAGCAGCACCGUCCGAAGCGGGGUUUCUCCCAACCUGAAUGUGGUUGACAGUAGACUGAAUUACCCGAACUGUGGAAUUGGCUAUCCUGUCUCCUCUGCGUUCGCUUUCCAGAAUGCUUUUCCUCAUGCAGUGUCUGCCAAGAACGUUAGCCAUCCAGUCUCUGGACCAAAGGUUCAGUUUAAUUUGCAGCUUACAAAACCAAGCACAGUGCUAGAUGCGCAGCCAGGAGCAGCUGUUAGCAGGCCUUGUCCAACUGAUAAGGAAAACGGCGAAAAUUUAGGACUGGAAUCCAAAUACUUGAAGAAAAGAGAAGAUAGCAUUCCUUUACGUGGACUCAGCCAGAAUCUAUUUAGUAAUUCAGACCAUCAGAAAGAUGGCAUGCUGGGGGCGUUACAGGCAUCUUCCAAGCCCACAAUUGUCCCCUCUUCAUCUUCAGCAUAUUUCCCUGGGCAGCUACCAAAUAGUUAAUCCAACACCUGUUAUUUCUUACUGAUAGUUUAGAGAUGAGAGCGGUUUAACAGUCCAUUAACAACACCAUCAAGUUCUUGUUCCUGUUAGGUCAUUUCGAUCCUUUAUAGUACUGCUGCCAUUUACAAACUGAGGGGUCUGAUAAAGAUUCUAAGUAAAUGGUAUUUUUAUUCUGUGAACAGAAUGUUUCAAAAAAUAUCACUUAAUUUUAUCAGGUUCUUCCCAGUUGGUCUGAAUAAGGGACACCCUAAUGAAAAAUACACCCUGCAAAGGAACAGUAGUAAUAAGCUGAAGAAAGCUUGCGAGUCAUGCUGUCGCUUUUAUUAGUAAAACAAUUCUUAAUUCGCUAAGAAUUGGGAGAGCUUCCACCUGUGAUCACUAUCUUUUACAUUGACGUCCUUAUACUACUAUUAAAG